AUGCCCAAUUUUGCCGCAACCAAAACAUUUGACAUCCUUGAACCAGCACUCGAACUGUUUGUGUCCCUGUUUACCACAGCUAUAACAACACCCGGAUAUCUUCGUGGAUGGACAGCUCUACACGUUGCUGUUAAUGUUGAGGUAGUUGAUUAUCUCUUGAGCAUUGGUCUCAACAUUGAAGAUCGUGAUGAGAAUGGCUACACACCAUUUCUAGAUGCAUGUCUUGAUGGUCGUUUACCUGUAGUAGAGCGUCUCAUUCAAUCAAAUUAUUAUUGUACUGAUAAAUGUUCUUCUAACAUUGUGUGUCGACUACAGCUUGGAAAGACAGCUCUACACGUUGCUGGUAAUGUUGAGGUAGUUGAUUAUCUCUUGAGCAUCGGUCUCAACAUUGAAGAUCAUGAUAAAAAUGGCUCCACACCAUUUCUAGGUGCAUGUCGUGUUGGUCGUUUACCUGUAGUAGAACGUCUCAUUCAAUCAAAGAUGGAUCAACAGCGUUACAUCUGA